AUGUCGGCUCAAAGUACAAAACAACUUGCAGAAUUUGGAAGGCAACAUAUUUCACGUGGAAUAAGUCGGAGCACUAACUUGGUCAUUGAACGAGCCAAAGGCUCUUAUAUAUAUGACGUUCAAGGAAAAAAAUAUUUAGAUUUUUCGUCAGGUAUAGGUGUAACUUCUUUAG